AUGAUCAAAAAACUAAAAAUUAAAAAGGGGGGCAAUUUCAAAUCACAGCCUCACAAAAGGAGCCCAAAAUGGGGGAUGAAAAAGAGUAAUCAUAGCUACUACUUUGAAAGUAACUCCAAAUUAAUGCAUGAUCGAAAUAUACAUAAAAAUAAUUUUAUUAAUUUUGAAGAAUUAAGUAAGAAGUAUCCUUUUUUAAAUAUAUUUUUGCACAAAAGUAAAAAUGGGAAAUUAAUAUACGAUUUUGAGAAAUCUGUAGCCGUUUAUUUUUUAAGUAAAGCUAUACUGAAAGAGUACUACUCCAUAAAUUUUUACAUGCCAUAUUAUAAUAUUGAUAGUGUUGAUGGAAUUGAUGCAUUAUUUGAUAGUAUUUCAUUAUUAUAUCAUAACACUAUUCAAAAUUUUGUUUUUGUAAACACGAACGAACUAAUUAAUAACUACAAAGAAGUUAUAUUAAAUGCUUAUAAUGAACACAAUGAUAAGUUAUUAAAAUUAGAUUAUAAAAAUGAUGAAUAUGUAAUAAAUGAACCAUGUGAUGAGUUAAAAUAUGAGGACACAAAAUCACAUAACGAAUUUACGGGGAAAAAAUUUUUAUGCCCAUGUAUUCCUGGAAGAGUUAAUUACAUUCAUUACUUAGCAGAUCUUACUAGCUUAAAUACUAUCUCAGAAGAAGAGAGCGCAAAAAAUUUUGAACGUUGCGAACAUUUUGAACAAUGCAAACAUUACGAACGCUUAAACAUAAUAAACAGUUUUGUAGGUAGCGAACAUACAAUGACUUCUGAAGUACUACAUGGUAAUAUAAUAAAAGUCUUAGAUAUAGGAGUCGGGGCGAAUUGUAUCUACCCGCUUUUGGGUAAUAGUGUUUAUAACUGGUCCUUUAUUGGUGUUGACAUUAAUUUAGAUUCUUUAAAAUAUGGUUAUAUAAAUAUUUUGUUAAAUAAUAAAGAAAAGGAUAUAAUACUGAAAUAUCAAAAAGAUAAGAAGAAAUUAUUUGUAAACGUAGUUAACGAUACAGAUUUGUUUUUUUUCUCCAUGUGCAACCCACCGUACCACAGUUUUUUAGAACAAGUUAACAGAAACCCUUUCAGAAAUUUAGAAGCAAAUGUGGAUGAAGUUGUCUAUUUUGACAAUGAAGAAUAUAUUUCCCUUAAUGAAGAUACUUCAAAAGAAGUAGUUAAUAAUAAUAUUAAGCUUGGUACCUUAUAUAGUAAAGAAGAAGAAAGCAUUGUUGAAUAUAAUAAAACCUGUUCUAGUGCCAACGCAAGCGGUACUACUAUAGAACGGUGUGAAGAAGUGUAUUAUAAGCAUUUUAACAAAAAUGCACUUUCUAAUGAGUUCGAAAAGGAAGGUGAACACAUGAACGGAAACGAAGUAAAGAGCCAUAAAAAUUUAGGAGGAGAAUACAGUUUUAUUAUAAAUAUGAUUAUCGAAAGUAAGCUUUAUUUUUACAAUAUAAUAUGGUUUACAACGUUAGUCUCAAAAUUUAAAAAUGUUAAAUUAAUAAAAAAGGAAAUAAUCAGAUCAAUGAGAUUAUAUAACAUGUAUAAAAAAAAUCAGGUAGAUUUUCUGACUACUAUUAUAAAAAAUAAUAUACAUUUUGAGAAUAUUUUUUUUUUUAGAAAUGUGAAAAAACCAUCUUUUCAAAUGCAUAUAUGCCAAUAUAGAAUUUUUGAAUCUCAUACUAGCAGAAUAACAAGAUGGAUAAUUUGCUGGUCAUACUACACUGAAGAACAUAUCCAUUUUUUAAUAAAGUUAUUUCGUGAAAAAAAUUUUCAUGUCUGA